ACAAGAUUCAUUCUACCCUCGAAGUACAACUUGACCGUGCAGAAUCGGUUCCUCUUUGACAGAAAAACAAGAAUCAUACCAUGGCAGUAACAACAGACGCCACAGCAACCAAACGCUCUCACCCAAAAUACAAUUUUAUGGUCGAAGAAGCGAUCAAAAGACUGCACGAAAGAGGGGGUUCCUCCAGACAGAAAAUAGUCAAAUACGUACAAGCGAAUUUUGACGUCGGAGACAACUCGGAAAAACUAGUAAAAGCUUCUCUGAAGAAGGGAGUCGAUUCUGGCCGACUCGUGCGUACUUCGGGUCAGGGCGCUUCAGGCUCAUUCAAACUUUCCCAAGACACUAAGAAAGAAGGAGAAAUGGCGGAGAAGAAGGCCAAAGCAAAAGAGAGAAAGCUGCAGAAACAGCUAGAGAAGGAAGCCGCAGAAGAAGAGAAAGUAAAGAAACCUAAGAAGUCUCGGGACGGAGAAAAGACGAAAAAGUCGAAGAAAGUCACCUCCGAACCGAAAUCACCUAAGGUAAAAAAGUCUAAAGACAAAUCAACCAAAACUACUAAAAAGUCCGAUGCGAAGUCGCCGAAGAAGGAUGCAAAAUCGCCUACCACUACGAAGAAAACAUCUAAAACUACAAAAACAGCAGCAAAAUCUCCGAAAAAAUCCGAGAAAUCUAGCAAGGCCGGCACUAAGAAGGUUGUAAGCACCAAGAAACCCAAAAAAUCUGCCGGCGCUAAACCAACAAAGUCUAAAAAGUCAAAGACAGCGGAAUAACAACGAACUCUAAAUUUGCUCGGUUAGCAACGUGUACAUAUAGAUUUUAUUUUUAUUUUUACAUUUUUGUAAUAUAGCAUUCUGUAUAGAAAUGUGUUUUUAAACGAGGGAGAAGUUGCUGUGCCUUCGUAAACAAUGUCAUUGUGAAUCAUCGGACUUUCAAAACCCAUUCAUGUAUAAAUUGGAUUUGGACGAAUAAACACACGAGCAACAACC